CCACGCCGCUCAGCUCGGGGAGCCACACAGGCCAGUGCUCCAUCAUGCAACAAGUCACCCUGAGCCUGCUCGUCCUCCUGGCAGGAUUGCCUGCCCUGGCUGCCAACGACCCGGAAGAUAAAAACAGUCCUUUCUACUAUGAUUGGCACAGCCUCCGUGUCGGCGGGCUCAUCUGUGCAGGGAUUCUGUGUGCCAUGGGCAUCAUCGUCCUCAUGAGUGGGAAAUGCAAGUGCAAGUUCAACCAGAAGCCCAGCCAUCGAAGAGGGGACAUCCCACCUCUUGUCACUCCAGGCUCUGCCCAUAACUGUUGA